GUGACCAACAAGAGAGCCUACGACUGGGCGCGCCGAGGGCGGCCCUCGGAGCGCGCUGCCUGGCUGCAGGCGCUGUGCUGGGAGGCGGCGCGGGCAGACGGAUGCGAGUAUGCGGUGGCCUACUUCGACCUGGUCAAGUGUUUCGAAUGGGGCACGCACAGGAAGGUGUGGGAGGUGGCGAGGCGGUGGAACUUCAACCCUCUCGCCAUGCGAGUCGUCCUGCGCAUCAACAGCAUGGCGAGGCGCAUGGCCCAGGACGGCGCUUACACCGACGGCAAGGUGGUAAUCAUCCUGGAGUUAGACGAGCUCGUCCUCAAGUUCCCGUGGGCGGACACCUGCUUCUUCUUCGACGACCUCGCCCUGGCCACGCACGGAGCGCGCGAGUUCGCGAAGGACUUCCACCCGCUGCUCAUCGCGGCGGUGAUCCACAUGUUCGAGGAAAGACUGGACAUGUCAGUUUCGCGCGGCUCAGAGGGCAAGGCGGUCGCCCUGGCCUCGUCCACCGAGCUGGGCACCAGCCUGAACGCCAGAUCCCGCUGCCUGGGGGUACGAGUCGCCAAGCGCGAGAAGCACCUGGGCGUCGCAGCAAGAGCGGGCAGGCGAAGACGGGUGACCGCCAUUAGCAAGCGGGCGCUCAAGUUUGCAGCGAGGGCCUCACGGGUGGCAGCCGUGAGGCUGGACGAGUUGAGGACGAGCGCGGCCAUGGCGACGCAGGGCAAUGCGAAGGGAAGGUCCACGCCACUCACGCUGCUGAGCGACAGCGUGGACCCUGGCAACCUGAUCAACAGCGGGCCCAUCCUAGCGUGGGCCGCGGCGUGGCAGGAGGCGGCCCUCGACGAGCAGUUGGCGAGCAGGCUGAGCAUG